AUGUCGUGCUGUGAGUGUAAAGGCACGGAGGACACCGGCCAGGGCAGCAUCCUCUACAGCAUCCUCAACAGAGGCGCUCGCUGCCCGCAGGGACGCGCGGAGACGCCCGCCGCGCACCAGCUCUGUCCCUGCGCGUCCAAGAGGAAACUGGUGGCCAUUCGCGCUCCCCAGCUGGUUUUCAAAGCGGCCUCCGAGGUGCUCGUAAAAACUUUCCGCUUCGUGAAAAACGUGCCGUGUUUUCGGGGUCUGCCGGCGGAGGACCAGCUCCGGCUCGUGCGCAACAGCUGGGCGCCGCUGCUGGUUUUGGGCUUGGUGCAGGACUCCGUGGACUUCGACACGGUGGAGACGCAGCAGCCAAGUCUGCUGCACAGAAUUCUGACGCACGACAAGGAGCGACAGCAGCGCAGCGCCGCCGAGAUUCAAGACCCCGGGGUGCCCGUGGGUGACGUGGAGGGCAUCAAGAUGUUUCUGGUGAAGUGCAGGGGGCUGAGGAUCAGCGUUAAAGAGUACGCCUUUCUCAAAGGAGCCAUACUGUUCACCUCGGCCACCGAGUUGGAGUGUCGAGACUACAUCCAGGCACUUCAGAGGGAGGCUGAGCGUGCACUUUACGAGCACGUGAGGACGGUGUACCGGGGCAACGCGGGCCGCUUCGGCAAACUGCGGGUGGUCCUCAACACCCUGCGCUCCAUGGACAGGGAGGCGGUGGCGGGACUCUUCUUCAGACCCGUGACUGGGAGGAGCAGCAUAGACGAACACGUGCUGGCCAUGUUCUUCGAGAGGUAGAACCCAAGGAGAACGUCUGGGACUAAAACGACUGACACAUAAGGGUUCAUUUCAUGUAUUGUACGUCUGUCUGUGC